AUGGACACUAGCGUACAUUGUGAAAAUAGGGACACUAGUGUCCCAGUUGUAGGGACACAAAGAAUCGUGUCUGCAACCAUCUACUUCAACCGAGAGGACCCAAACCGCAUCGCCAUUGCACCUGCAGCUGAGGUAAUGCUCUUUGUGGUGACCAUUUGUGAGGAUCCUUUGGAAAAGGAAGGGAAGAUGCCAGCAUCAACAGCUGCUACCGUAACCCGGAAGCUUCGUCGAUCAACUGAUGAUGCUAGCAUGGAGAGCUUGAAUCCACAGUCCGAUAUCGGGACAAUGUUGGAUAGCCUAGGUUUCACUCCGGACGAGGUCAUACACUUUGGAGUGAAGUUUGCACAGAACCCAGAUUUGAAGACUACCUUUUGGAGCAUGAGUAUAUCAGGCAAGCGAGUUGGGAUUGUUGGAUUGGGAAGUAUUGGCAUGGAAGUGGCUAAGCGGCUUGAGGGUUUUGGUUGCAUUAUCUUAUACCACUCUAAGCAUCAAAAAGCUGUUUCGUACCCUUUCUUUUCUAAUGUUACUGAGCUUGCAACUACUUGCAACGCACUUGUGGUUUGUUGUGCAUUGAAUGAGGAAACAAAACACAUAAUUAACAAGGAUGUCAUUUUGGCAUUAGGAAAAGAAGGGUUUAUUGUGAAUGUAGGAAGAGGGGCUCUCAUUGAUGAAAAGCAAUUGGUCAAGUGUUUGAUGGAAGGUAAAAUUGGAGGUGCUGGUUUGGAUGUGUUCGAGAACGAGCCUUGUGUUCCUGAAGAGCUACUUGCAAUGAAUAAUGUGGUUUUAUCUCCCCAUUGUGCUUCUUUUACUUUAGAAACUAUAAUGAGUUUGUGUGAACUUGUGGUAGGGAAUUUGGAAGCAUUCUUCUCUAAUAAACCCCUAAUUACUCCAGCGAUUUUGGUUUAA